UCUUUCUGACUUUAAUUCUUCUCUCAUCAUCGCUCACACCAACAGGAGCUGAUUCUGGUGAUGACUAUGAAUAUGAAUAUGACUAUGAGACCACAGAUGAUCAGACAAGAGACAGUGUGAGGUUGGUGAAUGGUGGAAGUCGCUGUUCUGGGAGAGUUGAGGUUCUUCAUGAUGGACAGUGGGGGACAGUGUGUGGAUCUGCCUGGGAUAUGGAAGAUGCUGCUGUGGUGUGUAGGGAGCUGCAUUGUGGGGAGCCUGUAGAUGCACUGGGAUUUGCCCACUUUGGACCAGGGUCAGGACCAAUUUGGAUAGUUAAUGUGAGCUGUAAUGGAUCAGAAUCAACACUGAAGAACUGUAGCAUAGGAGGUUGGGGAGUGGAUAACUGUGGUCAUGAUGAAGAUGCUGGAGUUACCUGCUCAGUAAACACAUGUAAAGUAUUCUCUCUCUCUCUCUUUCUCUCUCUCUCUCUCACACACACUUACUCAGACAGUGUGAGGUUGGUGAAUGGAGGAAGUCGCUGUGCUGGUAGAGUGGAGCUUCUUCAGGUGGGACAGUGGGGAACAGUGUGUGGUGACAUAACCUGGGAUGAGGUUGAUGCUGCAGUGGUGUGUAGAGAGUUGAACUGUGGGGACCCUGUAUAUGUGACCUAUUCAGCUCACUUUGGACCAGGAUCAGGACCAAUCUGGAUGGUUAAUGUAGACUGUAGAGGAUCAGAGUCUACACUGACUAAGUGUAGAUCAGCUGGUAGGGGGGAUUUAUGUGGACAUGGUGCUGAUGCUGGAGUCACCUGCUCAGGUCACAGAAUGUCCAGACUCUCUGCUGGUCCUCACCGGUGCUCUGGGAGAGUGGAGGUGCUUCAUGGAGAUUCCUGGUCCACAGUGUGUGAUGCUGACUUUGACCAGCAGGAUGCGGAGGUUGUGUGUCGAGAGCUGGGCUGUGGGAUUCCUCUGAAGGUGCUGGGAUCAGCUGCUUUUGGCCCAGGGGAGGGUCAGGUGUGGACAGAGGAGCUUCAGUGUAGAGGAAAUGAAUCUGAAAUUUAUUUUUGUUCAACAUCAUCCUCAUUUAAACACUCAAACCUCUCCCAUGACAAUGAUGUGGGAUUAGUAUGUUCAGGUCACACAGAGGCGCGGCUGGUGAAUGGACCGGACUCCUGUUCUGGUCGAGUGGAACUUCAGUACCUCAGUGACUGGGGCACAGUUUGUGCUGUAAGCUGGAAUAUGAGAGCUGCAGAUGUUCUCUGUGCACAGCUGGAUUGUGGGAGUGCUGUGGAUGUGGUGGGGAUGGACUGGUUUGGGAAGGGGAGUGGCCACAUCUGGGCUGAUGUGUUUGAUUGUCAGGGGAAUGAGACACACCUAUCACAAUGUGGCGUCUCAUCAUGGAGUCGAGCUGCAUGCUCUCAUGAACACGAUGCUGGAGUCAUCUGUAAUGGAUCAUCCAUGGCGUUUCAUGAGGGACGAGUGCGGUUGUCUGGAGAGAGCAAGUGUCAGGGGGAGGUGAAGAUUUAUUUCAGGCAGGACUGGAGGAGAGUUCUCCUGGACUCGUGGAGUCUGUCUGAGGCGUCUGUGCUCUGCAGACAGCUGGGCUGUGGCUCUGUGCUGAACUACCGCUCCUCUCCAUCCACCACUGAAAACAAUCACACGUGUGUAACGGGUUUCAGCUGCUCUGGGAGUGAAGCUCAUCUGAGGAACUGCAGCAGUGUACAACCUGUCAACUGCAGCUCCGGGGAACAGCUGUACAUCACCUGCUCAGAACCCAGGUCAAUCAGACUGGUUGGUUCUGGGGGAGACUGUGCAGGAAGACUGGAGGUUUUCCACAGCGGCUCGUGGGGGACAGUGUGUGAUGACUCGUGGGAUAUUAAGGAUGCGCAGGUGGUGUGCAGACAGCUGCAGUGUGGAGUGGCCCUCAGUACCCACAUACCAGCCUGGUUUGGUCCUGGAACUGGGUCCAUAUGGCUGAAUGAGGUGGAGUGUGAGGGAAAUGAGACGUCCCUGUGGAACUGCAGAUCUCAGCUGUGUGAAGGGGAAUGUGGACACCAGGAGGACGUAGGAGUCGUGUGCUCAGAGUUUAAAGAGAUGCGACUCACAGAGGGGUGUGAAGGGAAUCUCGAAGUGUUCUACAAUGGAACCUGGGGUAAUGUAUGUCAAGAGAAGAUGGACUUAGAAACAGCAAACAAGGUGUGUCGAGAGCUGAACUGUGGAAGACUCGAGCGUUUGGACUCAGCAAGAGCGAGAGUGGAAUCUGCUCCUAAUUGGCUGGAUCAUGUGAAGUGCAGGAAACACGACUCUAAUCUGUGGCAGUGUCCAUCUUCACCCUGGGGACAGAACAGAUGUGAUAAUAGUGAUGAAGUGGCUCAUAUUACCUGCACAGUUAAUGAAACAACUUUACAUUUGCAAGAAAAAUCUGCUUCAUCUCCAUCGCUGAAACACUGUACAAAGCACUGGUCUCUUAGGCUGAGUGGAGGAAAGGGAAGCUGCUCUGGGAGGUUGGAGGUGUAUCAUAACGCUACGUGGGGCUCCGUUUGUGAUGAUCAGUGGAACAUCAGGAACGCUCAGGUGGUGUGCAGACAGCUGGGCUGUGGCUCGGCGCUGAGUGCUGAUAGGAAUGUUAGCUUUGGUCCUGGUGAAGGGACUAUCUGGCUGAACAGAGUGAAGUGUCGAGGGGAUGAGAUUCACCUGUGGGACUGUCAUCAUUCCCUGAAGAAACACACUGACUGCUCUCAUGCUCGAGUCACCUGUGCAGAACUAAUAGUGUCCAGUGUUAUUACAGAGGUAUCACAGUCUACUGAUAUUAAAAUCUUGUCAACAGCAAACACAACAGUAAGUGAUUACAUAUGUAUUACUACAUCAUCUGGAGCUCCAUCUGUGUUGGGAACGCUGUUCUUCCUGGCCUUAAUACUGCUGGUGGCACUGCUUUACCAGAACAGAGUGCUCAGAAGAGGUCUUUAUAAGAUUCAGCCUGAGGUCAUCUAUGAGGAGAUCAAUCAUAUACAGCACACAACCUAUGAGGCAAUUAACCACAGAUACAUAAGCAGAAGAAUCACGAGCUCCACUCAGAGAGGAAGUCUCCUGUCUGACGAACAGCAUUCUGGGUAUGAGUAUAUGGAUGAUGAGCUUCUUUCAGUAAAGUCUGGCAUUGGAGAAAAUGCUGAGUAUUAUGAUGAUGUCAUCGACACCAGUGACUUCAUAAGUGAUACAGGAAGAGUUGAGCCACCAGAGGACUAUGAUGAUGCCGUCACUGCUGGACCCAUCACUGAUAACAUGGAGGAUAAUUCAGAAGAUUAUGAUGAUGUCAUCACUGAGGAAUAGGAUGGAGGAG